GAUGUUCACACCCUCGCACGGGGUACUCAUUUGAGGCUGAGUCUACCUAGGGGAGACCCCAGGACCGGUUCAGAUGAUCGUCACUGGUUGAUAGUGGUCGUGAGCGGGAGUGGGGCCGGGUUUUGUGUUUUAAUUCGUGCGGCGGGCGCGAAACGCCGCGCCCGAAGCCCCUCGCAGCUCCUCGCAUUCGAGGCCGGCGGAGCCGAGGGCCCCAGCCAGGAGAAGUCGCCCUCUGCCCGGCAGGGGACUCAGGCGAGCAGGGGGGAUGGUGGCCGUGGUCGUGGCGGAAGGCCAUGGAAGUGCAUUGCACUGCGCAGCGUCGCGCACGGGGGGUGUUGCGUGGAGUGAGCUCCAGGCAGGUGGAUCUGCAGUGGACGCCGUGGAGGCCGGCUGCCAACAGUGCCAGCUGGACCGCUGCGACGGCUCCGUGGGAUACGGUGGCAGCCCUGACGAGCGAGGGGAGACCACCCUGGACGCUAUGAUCAUGAACGGCGAUACCUUCGAUGUGGGUGCCGUUGCCGACCUGCGCCGAGUCAAGGAUGCCAUCGGCGUAGCCAGGGCCGUCAUGGAGCACAGUGAGCACACCCUGUUGGUGGGGGAAUCCGCAUCGAAGUUUGCUUUGGAAAUGGGCUUUCCUGAAGAAGACCUCAGCACAAACUCAUCCAGGGAACUCUAUGAGAAGUGGAGGCGAAACUCAUGCCAGCCAAACUAUCGCAAGAAUGUAACACCGGACCCAGACAAGUCUUGCGGCCCCUACAAACCAAUCGCCUCUUCUACGCAGACCUGGUCAAGUCCCAUCGGCAUUGACAAUCACGACACGAUUGGCGUCGUGGUGAUCGACUCGCAGGGACGAGUAUCCGCAGGGACCUCCACCAACGGGGCAACUCACAAGAUCCCUGGCCGCGUUGGGGAUUCUCCUGUACCUGGGGCCGGCGCCUACGCAGCAGGGAGCGUGGGAGGGGCAUCGGCCACGGGCGACGGUGACGUCAUGAUGAGGUUCCUGCCAAGUUAUCAGGCAGUGGAGAGCAUGAGGAGGGGCAUGGAUCCCACGCUUGCUUGCGAAGACGCCAUCCGGAGGAUUAAGAAGUUUUUCCCAAGCUUCUUUGGAGCCAUUAUCUGUGCCAACAUCACUGGAGGCUUUGGGGCAGCAUGCAACCGGGCUCCCGGUCUUGACCAGUUCCACUACACGGUCUUCAACUCUGCCGUGGGCCAGGCUACAGACUAUACCGCCAAUUGUUUAUAAACCUAGAUUAAGCGUUUUACAUGCUUUUAAAAGGCUUAGCAGAGGUGGUUGGGGGAACCGGGAGACUGAUACCAUGCUAAUUCUAAAAGUUGGCCGAUUCCAACUUUUAGAAUAAAAAUUUCAGUUUUAUUAUCGUGCGAUGAACAAACAAUUGUUACGAUCUUUCCAGCUCAUAAAAGAUGUGUGCCCCUAGUGGAGUAGUUCUCAGCCUCCUGGUAUGGCAGCGCCCCAAUCAAGACCACUGAUCCCCGUGCCACCCUUCUGAUUGCCCAAAAGACAUCAAAGGUUACCAAAGAUGCGGUGUUAGAGAUUAUUUAAUGUCGUGUAUUCGUGUGGUUCGUUGCACAAAGUGGCGCUUGCAUUCCUCGUACACAUGACAUUCUCCCUGCACAGUGUCCAUGUCACAGCCUAUCACCUUAAACCCUCUUUAAACUUCCAUGGGGUGUCACCGAUAAGUUGAGAACCGCUGCUCUCGUUUAAAAAUGUCUAUUGAAGGAGCUUCAGAAGUUGUUCUGUGAUCUCAUCGUAUGGGCUAUUCUUUCACGAUGUGGUGCAAUGCAAUCUAUGGUUCGAAAUGGAAAUGUGUCUCAUGACAUGAUACUGAUAGCACAAUUUGUAAUUGGGUAAAAAAACACCUUUUAGAUUUUACAAAAUGUUGACAAUUAGUUUUUCAUCUAUAAAUCGAGUUUAAUUCUAUCUCAUGAAUUUAUUUUUCAAGGCAAUGACUUGACGAACCUGAAUCGAUGGAUGGCCAUUUAUGUCCAUAGUUUGAGGUUUUCUGUGAAUUCUCAGGGAUCUAUACAUUCCAGAAUCGUUGGUCAGUCUGUGACACAAGUAAUCUUAAGCAGCAGGAUCAUGAUUUUCAAACUUUUUUUAAUUAUUCAAAGAUGUACAUACAUAUAAGGAUGUACAUAAAGCAGACAACCACAACAUUUCCAAGAUAGACUGCUAUGGGAAACGGCAAUUGAUAAAAUACCUCGUAGCGUACACUUACUCAUUUAGUGUAACUCGUAGGCUUUAACACUGACUCGCUUACAUUUUUAAUACUGUUGAGAUAAAAGUAUUCUAGCUAGGUGGUGCGUUGUGGGACCAAAUCGAGUUUAAACCACUAAGGAAUGACCAUUGCAUUAACAUAGAAAUGUCAUCAUCAGAUUUGUCUGGAGUCGAGGAGGGAACUAAUUUGCAAUCAGCACGGAUGUUGGGAAAUUGGAUCUUGGUUCUGACACUGCAGGUAGUUUCUGUUUCUUCAAGGUUAACUGGCGUUUAAAUUAGGUUUCCCAUGAAAUUCAUUCCUGGGACCGAAUCUGUGUUAAGGCCCUCUGCCACUCAACAGAGGCACACAUUAAAAUGUCACUUGCACAGACGUUUAAUGUGCACAUUGUUUCACCUCACCGUUAAGUUAAAAGAGCAAUUCUCUCGAGAAUAUUUAGCACUUAGAUACGUGAUGUUUCGCUAGAAACUAAACCAACAAUAUUCGUCAGAAUAUUCAGGAAGUCAAUAAAAAUUCAGCAAGUCAGAAGAAAACAUCGUGUCAAGAUGAAAUUGUCACACAUUCUUCCGUUUGUUAAAUUAUUGUAAACAUUGCAUUUGUUUGGCUGUAAGGUGGUUGAGGGUCUUACAAUACAUUUGGCCUCACCCAAACAUCAACUAUGAAUUGCUGCAAAACAUAGACGUUAACGUUUCUCGUAAAUUACCAAAUACCACUCCUUAUGUUUAUGUUGAUAUAAACUAUUUCGGUGGGUUUUAUGGUGGUGUUGAUCGGGAUGUUUGUUAAUGAAUGUUAUAACAAAUUGUGAUCUUAAAGUUCUAUGAGCAGAGGCAAUUAUGCACGUGUACUUUCUACUUGGGUAAUAUCCAGUGAGACUUUUUGCAAGGGAUAUCUGGGAAGAAUACAUCAUAGGGAAAUGACGGCACAGGUUGUGUAAAAAAACUGUACAAGAAACGAGUUUUUGUAUGUACAGGUGCAUGUGCUGAAAACCGAACCCAAUAUGAAGAUACUGUCAUUGUACACGUAAACUGUGCAAAAAGAAAACGUGCUGUAAAUGAUUAUAAUUUAAAAUGAAUUAUACCUUUAA